CAUGAAUUUCUCUGGAACGUUUUACAUACUAGUCAUAGUUUUUUACGCUUGUGUGUAAUUACUUGUACGAAAAGUCGGAGGUCUGAAAGAAGAAAAUUUAUAUGUUACACAUGGUGGUUUAGUCACAAAAUUUAAGAUGUACCCACUAUCAAUUCGAGCGUGUCCUGGCGACUACAAUGAAGAAGAGCCAAAGCGCGUGGACGUUCCUACAACAGCGCGGUCAAACCAGGACUACAGUAACUUCGACAUAAUAAAAGCGACGCAAUAUGGCGCGCUGGAGCGAGUAACAGAGCUGAUAGAAGCCGGAGCGGACGUUAACGAACCAGAUUCGGAAACAGUGACUUUGCUGCACUGGGCAGCGAUUAACAACAGGACGGAGAUCGUGAAGUACUUGAUAGCCAAAGGAGCAAAUGUAGACGCGAUUGGAGGAGAACUUGCCUCGACGCCGCUGCACUGGGCAGCUAGACAAGGUCACCUUGCGACUUUCUCAAUUCUGAUCCGAGCUGGAGCAGAUCCUUCGCUGAGAGACUCAGAAGGGUUCGCUUGCAUCCACCUGGCUGCCCAAUUCGGACACACGGGCAUCGUCGCAUACCUGGUGGCCAAGGGGGUCAAUCCGAACGACCCGGACCGCAGCAGCAUGACUCCGCUGAUGUGGAGCGCCUUUAAGGUCAACGGCCAAAAUUACAAUUGCUUUUUCAGCCUUGAUCCUACAAGGCUACUUCUAGUCCUAGGAGCCAGCCACUCGCUUACUGAUAUCAUUCAUGGAAACACUGCCCUUCACUGGGCGAUUAUUGCCAAGAAUAAUACAGCCAUUCAUACUCUGAUCACUCAUGGCGCUUCUUUGGAGAUCGCUAAUUUUCAGAAUGAGACGCCGUUGACUCUUCUUGGGCCUCAUAUUGGCGCAGCCUGGCUGGGUUCUAAGAUUAGUCAUGAGAUCAGGGAACGGCAGGGGAGAUCAAGGGCUUGGUGUAGAGACAAGCGAAUACGGUGGUACUGCAUGGUCAGCACGCCCUUUAUAGUAUUCUAUCUGAUUGGAUUAAUAUUUCAAAGCAAUUUGGAUUAUCUGAUAAAACUAGGUGCCUUCUUAGUACUCUAUAUUGCUGUUUAUGUCGCUAAGAAUUAUCUAUUUGACGAGAGACUGUUUCACAUUUUACCUAUGUCUAUUUAUCUUGCCACCAAGAUGUGGAUAUACAUCACAUGGAUAUUCUGGCUGGGUGUUCAUGCAGCCUGGUACCUCUGGGUUUUGUUAGCUGGUGGCUCUGUUCCUCUCUGGAUUUGUUUUAUUCAGUCCUGGCGUGGAGAUCCUGGUGUUAUUUCGGCUACCCAUGAGGAUAAGUUAAAUACAAUAGUCGCAGUAGCAGAGACAGGAGGCUUUGAGCCUCAAGGAUUUUGUACUAGCUGUUUAGUGCGUAGGCCAAUAAGAUCAAAGCACUGUUCAUCUUGCGACCGCUGUGUAGCUCGGUUCGACCAUCACUGUCCUUGGAUCAACAAUUGUAUCGGCGCGUACAACCACAAAUACUUCCUGGGAUUCCUAAUAUCUCUCCUGGGUCUGUGCUUCGUGAUCUUAGCAGCGACGAUCCAGUACUGGAAGUUCGAGUGCUGGUCAAACAUGGCCGACGAGAAGCACCCGGACAAUUACUUCGUAGCAGCAGCGACUUGCGACGCCUGGGUAAUGUGGAUCGCUGCUAACACAGGUCUGCACUCUUUAUGGGUCGGUGCGCUGCUGAUGUGCCAGCUGUACCAAAUAAUGGUCCUGGGGAUGACCACCAACGAGAGAAUGAACGCCGGAAGGUACGAACACUUCAAGCACGGGAACCCAUUCCAUCGCGGCGCGCUCCAGAACCUUGCAGACUUUUGUAAUAUCAGUUUGUGCGGGAUCCAAGGAAAGCCAAGCUCUGAUUGGCUUAACAGCUUUGAUGUUAAAAAAAGUGUCGAGAAGGUGCCGCUGUUGAAUACUAAAGAUACUUUUCAAUAUGUUUAGGAUUAUUAUUAAUUAUUAUAAUUAUUAAUUAAGAAGUUCAAUUUAAUAUUAAUUAUUAUUAUUAUAAAAAAAGUUAAAGCACGUACCGGUGCUGGUUUGAUCGGGAUGAAUUUUUGAUAUUGAAUUAUUGAUGAUCAAUCUUGGAUAUAUUUUGUUGGACAGAUAUAAUUUAGCCACAACUCGUAAACUGACCGGCGGAUUAAGCUCAAAUUCAAACUGUAUCUCGGUAUUGAUUCAUAGAAUAAGUACACUGAGUUUCAUAAAGAUCGGUCAAGAACUUUAGGCGCAAUCCUGCUUACAUGCCGCGUUCUCUUCCGUAGAUGUAAACUUUUCGGCUGAUUAAACAUAUCCAAAAAUUUUCUUUAAAUUGCGACGUCCUGGCUACAAUAUCUACAUUUCUAAAGAAAUCUUCCUAAAAAAUGUUUUAAUUAUUAUAUCUCGACAACAAAACGAUAAUGUGCUACUUUUUAUGUAGAUUUCUUUAUAAAUCUGUUGCAGAGGUUCUCUUGUAGGAAUUAACAUCAAAUUUUGCUAUAAUAUGUUUUUUUUUAUUGAGUUAUACCGAAAAAUAGCUCAAAAGUUUAUAUAUGUGAUAGAACCGGGGUGUAAGCACGAUUACGGCCGGAAUUCUUUACGGAUCUCGGUCAAACUCAAUACAUUUA